CAUAGCAGUGGUCGCUUCUGCGGCGUAGAUUAUAGUGCAAUGAGGCGAUUGUAUAAUAAUCCCUGAGCUAGGCGUAUCACGUGAAUGCUCUUUUACACACAAAGAAUAAAAGGAGACACGAGCUCCGGCUUGCAAUGCGUUGGACUGUAAGUCCGGAAGCUAUAAAAAGGAGGGAGGCCACCUAGACUCCGCUAGUCAACCGGCCCGUACUGUAUACGGGAGUAUUGUGAGCAAGACAGUGCCGGAAAAUGCAUACUUUAUUCCAAGGAAAUAAGCGGGAAACAAUAGAGCCCGUCAAAGCGGACGUUACAGGUACUGUUCCAUCUUGGCUUCAAGGUACACUUUUACGCAAUGGGCCGGGUAUGUUUUCUGUGGGAGAAACGAGCUACAACCACUGGUUUGAUGGGCUAGCCUUGUUGCACAGCUUCACCUUCAAAGAUGGUGAAGUUUAUUACAGAAGCAAAUUCCUCAGGAGUGAAACUUUUACAAAAAACAUGCAGGCCAAUAGAAUAGUGGUAUCUGAAUUUGGAACCAUGGCCUAUCCAGAUCCUUGCAAAAAUAUAUUCUCAAAGGUAUUUUCUUAUAUUUCACACACCAUUCCCGACUUCACUGAUAAUUGCCUAAUUAAUUUCACAAAGUAUGGAAAAGAUUUUUACGCUACUACAGAGACUAACUACUUCCAGAAAAUUGACCCCAACACUCUUGAAACAUUGCAGAAGCUGGAUUACCGAAAGUAUGUUGCUGUAAAUGUGGCAACAUCGCAUCCACAUUAUGAUGACGAGGGGAAUGCCUAUAACAUGGGCACCUGCAUUGUUGAUUUUAGAAAACCCAAAUACACCAUCUUCAGGAUUCCUUCAACUACACCAGAAAGUGAGAUGAGAAAGACUUCAUGUUUGAAGAGCCUGGAUAUUGUGUGCUCAAUUCCCUGCCGCUCUGCACUCAGCCCAAGCUAUUAUCAUAGCUUUGGCAUGACAGAAAAUUACAUAAUUUUUAUUGAGCAGCCAUUCAAACUGGACAUCUUGAGGCUAGCCACAGCCUACUAUCGAGGAGUAAACUGGGCCAGUUGCCUCAAGUUUGAUGCUGAUGAUAUUACAUUAAUUCACUUGAUUGACAGGAAGACAGGGAGGCCCGUGCAUACUAAGUUCUAUACUGAACCACUAGUAUUAUAUCAUCACAUCAACGCUUAUGAAGAAGAUGAUCACGUUAUUUUUGAUGUAAUCACGUACAAGGAUAACAGUCUGUAUGAUAUGUUCUACCUGAUAAAUAUACAACAGGAUUCAUAUGACUUUGAGCAGAAGAACAAGCUAUCUUCAAAACCCUUCUGUCAGAGGUUUGUCAUCCCGCUGUUGUCAGAAAAGGGCACAGAGAUUGGCAUUAAUCUGGUCCGACUGAAAUCGACUACUGCAACUGCAAUUAAAAAGAAAGAAGAUACUGUGUUUUGCCUCCCAGAAAUAAUUUGUGAAGGAGUGGAGCUACCCAGAAUUAACUAUGAUUACAAUGGGAAAAAAUACAGAUACUUCUAUUCCACAAGAGUAGAGUGGAGGCCGGUUCCAACAAAGAUCGCAAAAGUGGAUGUAAUGACAAAACAGAUUGUUGAAUGGUCUGAAGACGACUGCUGGCCAGCAGAGCCAGUUUUUGUACCUGCACCAGACACAAAAGAAGAAGAUGAUGGUGUUAUUUUGUCCUCAAUUGUUUCUUCAAACCCAAGUAAACCUCCAUUCAUGCUAAUCCUUAACGCAAAGACUUUCCAAGAAAUCGCUAGAGCUUCCAUUAAUGCUGAUGUCCAUCUGGAUUUACAUGGCAUUUUUAUUCCCAGGAAUUCUUCAGGCUGAUGACGCCCUCUUGUGGGUCAUUUCAGAAAUUCUGUGCAGAAAUGCUGUACUUCACUCAGGUAUAACCAUGAAAAUGAAUAUCGAGAGAACAAGGAUUGAUUAUUUAUUUAUUUGGAUUCCUUGAUUUUCUGUUGGUCUAAAUCUGGAAAUUUAUCAAAGUUUUUCAGUAGUUGUUAAGAUAGGCAUGAUCUUCACCAGAGUUCACAAAAUGAAAUGAUGCGGGUUGACUGGAUGGCAGACUCCCUCAUCUCGUACUCUCUCACGUCGGCUGAGGUUUAAGAUGCCAGGCAGUUGCGGUAAAGAGGCCUGGUUACCUUAAGGAAACGACAUACAGACAUGGGAAAGUGUGGAUUUUUAGACAGCAGGAUUUCUAAUUUUUUCCUGCUGCUAUUCUUUACAGAGUUUUUUAUUUGCUUUGUAAGCUUUUGUUUCAAGAAAUUAGUCAUUCUUAUGUAAAUUAGGUAAAAUAUUUAAAUUUGUCUUUUAUAAUAUAGAGUGCAAGAUGAUUCGCUCUUUAAAAAUCCAAAUUUAUCAUAAAUACUUUAUUA